ACUCUUUAUGAAAUUUCUUUGCUCUACGUAAACUCUAUUUAUACUUUCGAUUAUUCGAAACAAAUUUCAUUUCCAAACAAAAUGUCGGAACCAAUAGAAAACUGUGAUGUUGACCUCAAACCGAAAAAGAAAGAGAAGAAAAAGAAUUGGGUUAUGUGCUGCAAGAAGGACUUGCCACCGCCACCGACACCGAAGCGCGUACCCAAAGAACGACCACCAACAAUCGUUAAAUGCAAGCCGAUAGAAAAACCACCAAAGACACCAAAAGUCGAACCAAAGCCCGUGUGCGAGAAGCCUGCAUACUAUCGCUCCAGCUACGAGCAGCGCGCAUAUCUGGAGCGCGAGGUUGUGCCCAUUUUGAUGGAGGGCAUGGUGGCCCUGGCUCGUGAUCAGCCCAGGGAUCCCAUCAGCUAUCUGGAAAAGUUCUGGCUGGAGGACAAGCGCAAGUGCGACAUACCCAUACCGCAGAAUCUGCUCUAGCUUUGCGGAGUAUUCACUGUACACUGAUCAGGCUUAGUUUCUCCUCUCUCGCGCUCUGUGUCUACUCAAA